AUGGUGUCUUGGAAAAUGUUAGCAGCAGGUGGAAAUGAGGUUGAAGUAACGUUUAAUACAGACGACGUAGCAGCGUGGCAGGAUUUUGAAGUAAAAGGUUAUGGACGUGAAGUAGUACAAACGUUACCAAUGUCGCUCAAAGUGAGUGAAAAUAUGUUAGAAACACUGCCGUCCAUUGAGCUGAACACGAUAGAAAUCACGAGGAGACGUCAUUUAUCACUGCCAGAAGUUUAUUACGCAGCAGCAAUGGACGGUGUUUUACUCGUUAAUGAGCCAUUGCAAGACUUGUGGGAGAGAUUUAAGAGCUCCAGUGCGACGUUUACGAAGUAUUUUAUCAUUUAUCAGCAUUUCCGUCGUCUUGGCUGGAUACCAAGAUCAGGACUUAAUUAUGGAGCUCAUUAUACUUUGUAUCGUGGAUCAGCUGCAGAAUAUCACUCUGAAUACGUUGUAUACAUACAAGAUGAUGGGAAAACGUCGUCGUGGAACCAAAUUCAGUCGCUGACGAGAAUAGCAGCUGAUGUGAAGAAGACGGUGCUACUAUGCUCUGUGACGAUUGAACAAGCAAAUGAGAAUGUGACAAUGGGAAACGCUGUGACCUGCAACUCUUUGGCUAAUGCUGUGAGCUGCGCCAAAAAGAACUCACUGGCUAUUGGUGAUAGUGACCUUACUUAUGGUGCCUAUAGCUUCCAUGGCAUUCAGUACACGGUUGAAGCCAUUGCCAUUCGUUUUUGGGACGCGUUGACCGCAAAGGAGCCAAGCUCAUACACGUUUCUGCCUCAGCCAAUUUUACCAAAGAACCUUGAGUCUGCAAAGAAGAAGAAGAGGAUCAAACGGCCAAAGCGCCGCUUUGAAAGCAAAGCUCGCACAAGUUAA